UAAGGUGCACGCGGCUCCCAGGGAGCACCGAGCACGAGCACCGGCCACCGCGCCCCCACCGCCCACAGCCAGCACCAGCGUCUGUCCGUCCGCCACAGCUGCCCGAUGAUGCCUGGGGCCCCCGCUGCCUGCGCCUGGCCGCUUCUGCUCCUGCUGGCCACCCGGCUCAGCGCGACCGCCGGGGCCCCCCAGCCUUGGCAGUGUGCGCCCUGCUCGCCUGAGAAGCUGGCGCUCUGCCCGCCCGUGCCUGACUCCUGCACCGAGAGCGCCCGGCCCGCCAACUGCGGCUGCUGCUCCUUGUGCACGCUGCCCGAGGGCACCGCCUGUGGCGUGGCCAGUGCGCGCUGUGCCAGCGGGCUCAGCUGCCGGGCGCUGCCAGGGGAGCAGCGGCCCCUGCAAGCCCUCAUCCGUGGCCAGGGCACCUGCGUGCCCACCGGUGGUGACACAGAUGUGAUGUCGUCCUCCGAGAGUGCAGACAUGACCCAGGAGGAGCUCCUGGAGAAUUUCCACCUGAUGGCCCCUUCUGACGACGACAUGCACAUUCUCUGGAACGCCAUCAGUAAUUACAUGAACAGCGGGACUCAGGUCGACACGUGGAAGGGGCCCUGCCAUCGGGAUCUCCACGAGGUGCUGGGCCGUCUGAACGAGGAACAGCAGUCGUCAGGACAGCUUUACAGAUUCUAUCUGCCCAACUGCAGCAAGAACGGAUUCUAUCACAGCAGACAGUGCGAGACGUCGCUGGAUGAUGAGCCGGGGCUCUGCUGGUGUGUCUACCCAUGGAGCAGGGAGAAGAUCCCGGGGUCCGUGGAGGUCAGAGGCGACCCCAACUGCAGUCAGUAUUUUAGCAGAUAGAGCUGCCAGCAGCUGUGCUGUCGUCCGUCCCCCGCACCCCCGCCCCCGCAGAAAUAUUUAAGUACGUAGCAUAUUUAUACUCUAGAAACGACACACUUCCCUCUCCGUGUGUGUAUGUGUAUAUGAGCACACGUGUUGCUGACAUUUAAAGCUGUGUAUUUAUUCCAUGUACAUGUAUCCUUCUACACGGUCACUCCGCCGUGUGGAUUUGUAUAUCACGAGACACGUUCACGUCGCUGGGUGUAAAUACUUGUAACUCCUCCGAGCUCCCUGCUCCUGCCUCUACGGAGCAGGGGAAAUAAAUACAGCCUGGAAAGUGCA